AUGAGUUUUUGUUUCAUUUAUAAGUAGUUUACUAACAUAUUUGGUCGUCUAUGAAAAAGGGUAGAGAUGAAACAGUUUCUGGUAAUUAGACUCAAACUGUCUGAGAAAGUCUUCAGAGGAAAUAUAGGGGGGCAAUAAUUAUCACAGAGCAGAUGUUGAUUUUAUUAUAAUCCAUUUACCAGCAAGAAUAAGACACUGACCAUCUGGCAUCCUCAGCUCCGACACUGUGUCUUCCCCCAAACCGUGACUCACUUUUUUCAGAUUUUCAAGGAAUUGGGUUGGAAUAAAACUGACUUCGCUAUUUCUUGACUGCUGGUUCAACCAGCCCUUCAUUCAACAACAGACACUGGCCCAUCAAGGGCAGCUGCUUUGUAGGUGCUGAAGGUAUAAAGGUGAAUAGACUCAGAGUAGUGGGGGCUGCAGACUAAGCAGGUGAUGGUGAUGAAAAGUGAUCAGUGCUGAAGCAGGGCUCACAGAAGGCUCUAGAGAGGAAGCAAUACUUCUGCUGGACCUUGGAAGAGAGCCACUGUCUGGCUUCCUUGUGUCCACUCUUGCUCUCUCUCCAUCAUUAAUCUGAUCAUGGCAUUCCCUGGCUUAAAACCCUUUGGGGCCUUGCCAUUGGUCUAGAAUAAAAACCAGAGUCAUUAAAAUGGCCCACUGGGCCCUGCAUGAUAUGUCCCUGCCUCAAGUCCCUUACUCAUCCUGUUUUUUCCCUCUUCCUUUAACAUUGCAGUCCCAUUCAUGAACUAGAUGUGCUGGUCUCUCUACCUGGAUCACUCUUUCCCCUUCUCUUUUUUUAUUCUCUUUGCGCAGCUAACUUCUACUCAUAUUUCAGAUCUCAGACCAAAUGGUGCUUCUUCAGGAAGCUUUCUCUGACCCCUCACCAACCUCUCCGAACAGUGUAGGGUCCCCUAUGAUAUGUUGUCAUAUUAUAUGUUCUAUACUCCUUUAUAGCACAAUUGAAAUGAAAUUGAUAUUUGUGAAAUUAUCUGUUUAAUGUUUUUCUUCCCCAUGAGUCUGUCAUGACUAUGAAGGCAGGGACUUCUUUUGUCUUACUCACCAUGUAGCUGAAUAGCUGUGUGCUCUUGAAUGAGUUAUUUAAAUUUUCUAAGCCUCGCGUCCUCAGUUGUAAAACUCAAAUGAUGAUUUUAGUACUGUUCUCAAAAGGGCUUUGUGCAGAUUCUGUGAAACCAGGGUUGUAAUGAAUUUAGCAGCAGGCAUGGUACAUUGUUAGAAACCCUUCGGGUGGUAAUGGAAUAUGUGAAUCUGGAUGUCAGAAGAGGGAUCUGGAACAGAAAUAGAGAUUUGGAAAUCACUGAUGAACAAUAUGUAGAUAGGUGGUAAUUGAGGCCAUCAGUGGGUGUCAAAUUGAUCAGGUACACCUUGACCCUGACUGGAGACAGCCCCUGUGCUCGGGUUGGCCACAGCUGCUCAUAUUUACCCCCUGUUGGUGACUCCAAGAGCGGGAAGGUCUUCAUUGUUGGGGGAGCAGAUCCAAACAGGAGCUUCUCAGAUGUGCACACCAUGGAUCUGGGAACGCACCAGUGGGAUUUAGCCACCUCGGAGGGUCUCUUGCCCCGGUAUGAGCAUGCCAGCUUCGUUCCCUCCUGCACACCUCACAGCAUCUGGGUGUUUGGAGGUGCCAACCAGUCAGGAAAUCGAAAUUGCCUACAAAUUCUGAAUCCUGAAACUGGUACUUGGACCAUGCCAGAGGUGACGAGCCCACCACCAUCCCCAAGAACAUUCCACACGUCAUCGGCAGCCAUUGGAAACCAGCUGUAUGUCUUUGGGGGUGGAGAGAGAGGUGCCCAGCCGGUGCAGGAUGUGAAGCUGCAUGUGUUUGAUGCAAGUAUGGACUGCGGGGCACCCUGGGGCUGCCACUUACCUGGUCAGGGCCACCCAGCCUGCAGCUUACCUGAUGUAGGAAGCAGAGACACCUUGUCCUGGUCACAGCCAGAGACACUUGGAAAUCCUCCAUCCCCCCGGCACGGUCACGUGAUGGUGGCAGCAGGGACAAAGCUCUUCAUCCAUGGAGGCUUGGCAGGGGACAAAUUCUAUGAUGAUCUCCAUUGCAUUGAUACCAGUGACAUGAAGUGGCAGAAGCUAAGUCCCACCGGGGCAGCUCCCACAGGCUGUGCUGCCCACUCAGCGGUGGCUGUGGGGAAACAUGUAUAUGUCUUUGGAGGCAUGACUCCCAAAGGAGCACUGGACACAAUGUACCAGUAUCACAUAGACAAGCAGCACUGGACCCUGCUUAAAUUUGAUACUUUUCUACCCCCUGGACGAUUGGACCAUUCCAUGUGUAUCAUUCCAUGGCCAGUGAUGGGCACUUCUGAGAAAGAAGAUUCAAAUGCUGCCAUGCUACACUGUGAUGCUGAGAAAGGAGAUUCCACUGAGAAAGAAGUAAACCAAGGUGGUGACUCACAUGAAGAAAGUCAGACUGACACACUUUGCUUUGUAUUUGGUGGGAUGAAUACAGAAGGGGAAAUCUAUGAUGACUGUAUUGUGACUGUAGUUGAUUAAUAAAAAACCCACAUUUUUAUUA